CGGCGAGAACAUCAUAGCAAUGAUGGCACCUCCACGAUUUCAAUGCCUCAAUGCGGUGACGCAAGUCUCAAGACAAGCUCCAAGCUUGCGAGCUGCAUUUUCGAGUUCGCGUGUCGUCCAAGCUGAUCAACCUCCUCGCCCUUCAGCGACCAGCGACCUCCUCAGUGCUGGUGACGGCGCUCAGCCUCCAUAUCCUAGCAUCAGACCAAACUUUUCGAAUCCCAUACAAGAACCUGCCAAUCGAUCACAACCAACUGGUAGCAACGUGCAACGUCUCCUUGCUUCACAGGCCCGUCGAGUAGCUCAGAGAGCACAAGAUACGACAAGAAUGUCGACUGCUGUGGAAGCAGGGCAGUAUGGGAAUGGUGUUGCCUUGACCAGGCAGAUUACGAGAAGGUUUAAGCCGGGAGAUGUUUAUGCGCCGCAUGAUUUGAGUGAGGUUGAGAUGGCCAAGUGGAAGAAGAGGGCGAAACCACAACAUGAUGUGUUCGACGUAUUAGACUUUAAGCCACUGGAUAACUACAGGAACUUUUCGAUCAUGUCAGAAUAUAUGACGCCGAUGGGACGAAUAAUCCAUUCUAAGGAGACAGGGUUGAGACCUGUGAACCAGAGGAGGAUUUCAAAGGCUAUCCGGAGGUGUAUUGGGAUGGGGUUGAUGCCCAGUGUCCAUAGACAUCCGGAGCUUCUAUAUAACACCCCGGAGAGAAGAUCGCAGGUGCAGACCCCCUCGAGAACCGAUGUGCCUUCAGUAUAUUAGCUAUUCUAGGUCGAAGACUGGGGGACAUAAGCUGGCCGAUGUACAUUAUAUGUAUUGAAUAUGAUCUAUCAACUUAGAAGCAUGGAUCACAUGAAGAAAUCACUCGAUAAAAAUAUAACUUCCCUGAG